UGGUGAAGUUGUAGCGAAUAUAUAAAGGUUGGCGAGACCUCGAACUGUUUAGUCUGUCUUUGCGGCCCCGCUGAACCGGUCGGCCUGACGCCUGACCCCGCCCAACUCUUGAUCAACUAACUGCAAUAACACAGGAAAUAUGCGGGCAAUUUAUUUUAUAAUAGCCGCUGCGGUGCUGGCUAUAUGUAAAGCAGCAUCACCACAACUUCGUUUCGCUUGGAAGCAAGUAGACUACGCCUGGGACACGCCCGCUGAUAGGGAAAAUGCCAUAAAAGCCGGUCAAUUUGUACAAGAACAUAACUUAAUUCUUGGCUUGGCGAGAUGGAAAAACAAGCUGUUCAUCACCGUCCCAAGAUGGAAGAACGGCGUGGCUUCCUCGCUAAACUAUGUGGAUGUAGAUGGGGCUCAGGACCAAAUUUUGAAGCCGUAUCCUUCAAUGAAAGACAAUUUGGUUCCGGACGACGCGAAGGAGCUCCCUUCUAAUAGCUCUAUUAUCUCCGUGUUCCGGGUGUAUGUCGACCCCUGUGACAGGCUAUGGGUUAUGGAUUCGGGAUUAGCUGAUAUUUUUGGUGCUGGUAACCAAAUUGCGGGGCCGUCUCUAGUGGUGUUCGAUCUGAACACCGAUCAGCUUCUUCAUCGGUAUUUCUUCAAAGUCUCCGAUAUGAAGGAGGACUCGUUCUUUGCCAAUGUCGUAGUCGAUGUGGACAAAGACACAUGUGAAAACGCUUUCGCAUACAUCCCGGACCUGGGCGCGUACGGAGUUGUGGUCUACAGUCUAAAGCAGAAUGACUCCUGGCGUAUCUCGCACCACUACUUCCACUUCGAGCCUCUGGCUGGCCAGUACAAGGUUGGCGGCAUCGAGUUCCAGUGGACUGAUGGAGUUUUCGCGCUGGCGUUGUCUGAGCCAAGGGAACAAGGGUAUCGAACGAUGUUUUUCCACGCGUUCUCGAGCACGAAGGAGUUCUGCGUGUCAACCGAGCUGCUGCGUAACUACACACACAUCGAUAAGCACGAGGCAUUCCACGAUUUCAAGUUGCUUGGUGAUCGCGGAGAACGCACUCAGUCCUCAGCCAGCUUCUACGAUCCCAAGACUAGUGUUCUCUUCUACACACAGGUGAACAGAGACGGCGUCGGAUGCUGGAAUGUGAAUAAGCCCUACACGCCGGAGACCAACCCUCUCCUCUUCAGCGACCCUAUCCUCUACGAGUUCCCCAACGACUUGAAGGUGGACGACGAAGGCACCCUCUGGUUGCUGACUGACAAGCUGCCACGGUUCCUGUACAAGACGCUGGACCCUAAUGAAGUCAAUUUCAGGAUAUUCAGCAUCAACACCACCGAGGCCAUCGCUGGCACCGCCUGCCAAUAAACGCAUUUUGUCAGUUGUAAAAAUGUACUGUAAACUGGAUAAUGCCCAAAAUAGAUUGUUCUUUACCUUUGUUGUACCUUUGUUUCUUUGUUUGGUAUGUUCUAAAACGACAAUGUUCAAAAAUGGCUCAUAAAGACUUAACAUAAGCUAUUACAUGUGGUUGUUGAAUAUAUGAACCAUUCCUGCAAAGGGUUAAUGCCAUUACACUCUGCUCUCGAGCAAAGAGAACAUAAACCAAUACGUGCCAAUACGUUCUACUUCUGUCUUACCAAUAUUUUGUCCUACAUUGAAGUGUUUCCCACAUCUCCUUUAGAACAAGAUAUUUUACUUGUGCAAAUGUUAUAAGAUAUUAAGAUAGUUUAGAUCUCGAUACCAUCUAAAUUAAAAUGGAAUUAAAUUAAUGAUUCUGUCCUUUUGUUAUUACUUACUUGUAUGUAAAAUGUACAGUAUUCUGCACAUUUAUCAGUAUUCAGGUAAACGAGGCUGACGGAGCCCCAAAAACGAUCUAACUAGACUAAGUUUUUGGGGGAAAUUUGUGUGGUUCAAAUAUUAACAUUGUAUUAAGACGAAGUGAAAAAGUAUAGGAACAUAUUUUUUACGUCUACUUUACAUGUUUACUUAAUUAUAUGAAUGAGUACUUAUACUGAUGUGAAUUUGCACAUUUAUUAAUUUGUUUUUUGACUAUUGUGUAACACAUUUACCGCCACUUGCACCAUCCCACUAACCCGGGGUUAACCGGUUAAACCUGUAGUAACCAUAUGGUAAAAUUUGACACUGGGUUAAUUGUUUAACCGCUUAACCCCGGUUUAGUGGGAUGGUGUAAGUGGCGCUAACUUAGAACGUGAUGUUUUAUUUCUUUAAACUUAGCCUGUGAAAUAAUAAUUAUUAUUUGAUAACAGUACAAAACUCAUCGUUUACGUAGGAUUAAUAUAAUUUAAUUAAGUAGCAUAGUAUAAAUAAAGUCAAGUUAUGAUAA